GUGUGUGGCGUGUAUUCAUGUACAUAUCCAUAAUGGAACAUUUAUUUGAAAACAUAAAAUCUAUCAUUUAAUUCAGGCAAACUACUUCGAUAGACAUAGAGGCUACGAAUACUUAUGGGACUGUAAUCAACCAUUCUAUUAAAUGAUAUCCAAAUAAUUGCUCCAUACUUUUAACAGCGUCUGCAGUAUUUUAUUGUUUCGAUUAACAAUUGAAUUCUAAAUUAUCUACUGACCAGUAAUAUAAUAUGGGAAGUUGUGAGUAACUUUAAAGAAAAGCUUUAAAAAAUAUAAAUCGCUACAGGGUGUUUCUGCUCGCGAUCCAUAGUUGGAAUAAAUGUUGUCCCGUCCCUGGACUCGAUCGAUCCUGGCUUCGGGAUGUUGGACGACGUGGAAACUUUAUAUUUCCACGAGCCGCGAUGCCGAGGGACGGUAAUCCAUAUUAUCGGGGCAUUACUGUCAACUCGUUCGUUCCUCUCGGUUACUAAGGCUUCUUCAGUUUCUUGCGGUUAUUUUACCGUAACUCCCAGUUAUCCGCGCGCCUACGCGAUCGGAAAAAUCGGUCUCGAAAUCGAAACGUGAGAAUUCGCGAUUCGCGAAGUGAACGGGUCAAUGAAAAGUCAUCUCGAACAUUGGAUUCGACUAUCUCGAACAAAGUUGACGAUCGAGGACGGUUGAUGGUCUCGCGAAUGUUCGAAGAUUCUUUCGCGAAACGAUCGCGAUCCUCCGCCGAUCACAGGAGGUGACUGAACUCUCGAUGGACCAGCUGGCUUAAAUACCGCGAUAAUAAACGGCAACUUUCUCGGAGCAGGUUUCGGCGAGACGAUGACGAACGGAAGAGUCGUUCGCUUGGCGAAAACUCAAAAAGCCAACGUCGAGGCGUCGCCAGCCGACGGACGUGGUGCACGUGUUUGAGGACGCGGUCGAAGACUUCCGGAAAUCAUGGGCAACGCGUCGUCUUGCUGUCCGCAUCGCAAAAAGAUGUCGGAGUUCCCAGUGGAGGGAGGGGAAAACGGUGACAUGCACACUGUCAUGGAGAAUUUUCAAAAGAAGAACAACAAGAUGGUGUCCGGCAUAGGCCACGUCGGUCAUCAUCCACAGGUCACCGCGUCGUCGCAGAUGCUGACGACGAACCAGAGCCAGAGCAGCAGCAGUUCGAGCAGGGUGGCCAAAUCCUCGCAGAGGAUUCUUACCUCGUCCUCGUCGAGUGAGAUGAAAGCCAGCUCCAUGAAAAGCGACCUAAGGGAACUUCAGCGCGGCAUCUCGGAGAUGAAGAGCAACAUAUCGACGAACUUCUCGCAACGAUUGCGCAGCAGCAUGGAGAACCUCGUGGACAGGGACGGAAACGGAACGGAAGAGAGCGACCUGACGGAGCCGUUGGUGACGUUUCCCGAUCCUGACACGCCGCCCCCAGCGACGGGGACGGGGGCGGUGACGUUGACGGGAGGAUCCCCGUCGCAGUUGAGUUCCCUGAACUCGCUGAACAAUCUUCACAGCAUGAGCCCACCGAUCAGUAUAUCGAACAUUUCGAACAUGACGAACUUGCCUGCUGGCCAAGAGACGAUGAAGUUCGAGCAGAAGAAGAUGACCAGCGCCUCCAAGACCAAGGUGGUCACGGACGGCUUCAGCGCCGAAAAAGCGAUCGCGAACACCGCCGAGAUGAGAGCACUGCAGACUGGCGACGUCUCGUACAAAGAGCAGAGCGCCGCGACGGCGGCCAGGGCCCGCGUCGAACUCGAUGGCGUGUCUGCAGAGAAAAGCGUCGCUGCAGCAAGGGAGCAGAGAAGCUUGAAAGCUGGGGAUCUCUCGCACCAAGAAAGUAACAACAUGGCAGCGUCUACUAUGAAGCUGCAGAGCGAUUCCUUCAGUUCAGAAAAGAAAGCCAUGGCGGCGCAGCAACAACGACAGACGGUCACCUCGACCGGAAUCUUCAACCACGAGAAGCAUAUGGCCUCCAGUUCCCAAUCGAGCAUCACGAUAGCCUCGAAAGGCGUCACGUCGAAGUCGUCGAUGAUCACCGCAGCGAACGCGGUGAAUCAGCUGAUGAACGGCAUGAGGCCUGCGGAAGACGAGCUCCUAUCGUUACCACUGGACGAUCUGGACCUCCUCUGCUCCAAGUCGAACCCGCAGGACGUGGAGCGAGCGAUCGCCAAGUACUGCAGCUUCCUAGACAGCUUCGUGGAGCGUCUGAAAGUGAACGAAGGGAAGAACAACAAGGCUCCCUUGCUCCUGAACAGAGUGAACGAAAUUAUCAGGAAAGCCUGGGCCGUUCCUACCCAUGGACACGAGUUAGGGUACACGUUAUGCAAUACUCUGAGAACAAGGGGUGGUCUGGACCUGUUGAUGUCGAACUGCGUGGCCAGCGAUCAAGAGCUGCAGUUUUCGUCGGCCAGGUUGUUGGAACAGUGUCUGACCACGGAGAACAGGGAGCACGUGGUGGAAAACGGACUGGAAAAAGUGGUGAACGUCGCUUGUGUAUGCACGAAGAACGCCAACUCGGUGGACCACUCCAGAGUGGGCACUGGUAUCCUGGAGCACUUGUUCAAGCAUAGCGAAGGUACCUGCAGCGACGUGAUCAGGCUAGGCGGUCUGGACGCGGUCCUGUUCGAAUGCAGGAAGAACGACAUAGAAACGUUGAGACACUGCGCCGGUGCCCUGGCCAAUCUAUCUCUCUACGGAGGGGCUGAGAACCAAGAGGCAAUGAUCAAGAGGAAGGUACCAAUGUGGUUGUUCCCUCUAGCCUUCCACAACGACGACAACAUCAAGUACUACGCGUGUCUGGCCAUCGCCGUACUAGUGGCCAACAAAGAAAUCGAGGCAGCGGUGUUGAAGUCAGGCACCUUGGACCUAGUCGAGCCGUUCGUCACCUCUCACAAUCCUUACGAGUUCGCCAAGUCGAACCUGGCACAUGCGCAUGGUCAGAGCAAGAAUUGGCUGGAGAGAUUGGUGCCUGUGUUGAGCUCAAAAAGAGAGGAAGCCAGAAAUUUGGCAGCUUUUCAUUUUUGCAUGGAGGCAGGCAUCAAGAAGCAACAGGGAAACACGGAAAUCUUCCGCGAAAUAGGUGCCAUCGAGCCUCUGAAGAAGGUAGCGAGUUGUCCCAACGCGAUAGCCUCAAAGUACGCGGCGCAAGCGCUGCGUCUGAUCGGGGAGGAGAUACCGCACAAGCUCAGCCAACAAGUGCCUCUCUGGUCCACAGAAGACGUCAGGGAGUGGGUGAAGCAGAUAGGAUUCGCAGAGUACGCGCAGAACUUCGUCGAGAGCAGGGUUGACGGCGAUCUGCUGUUGCAAUUAACGGAGGAGAAUCUCAAAGAGGACAUCGGUCUGACGAACGGCAUCAGAAGGCGACGAUUCACCAGGGAGUUGCAGAAUCUGAAAAAGAUGGCAGACUACAGCAGCAGAGAUACGGGGAACCUGAACAGUUUCCUUCAAUCCAUCGGACAAGAGUUCUCCAUCUAUACUUACAGCAUGCUCAACGCAGGCGUUGACAAGGACUCCAUCAGGAAUCUGUCCGAGGAUCAGCUUCUGACCGAGUGUGGGAUCGGGAACAGCAUCCAUCGGUUAAGGAUACUGGACGCCAUCAAGAACAUGCAGCACAAUCAAUUGUUGGGCUCGUGCGAGGACGAGUCGCCCGACAAGUCGUUGGAUGUGUUCGUUAGUUACAGAAGAUCCAAUGGAUCUCAGUUGGCAAGCUUGCUGAAGGUCCAUCUUCAGCUAAGAGGUUUCUCCGUGUUUAUUGAUGUCGAGAGGCUAGAAGCUGGCAAGUUCGACAACAACUUGCUACAGAGCAUCAGGCAGGCUAAACACUUCCUCCUUGUGCUGACGCCCAAGGCUUUGGAAAGGUGUAUACAGGACAGCGAGUGUAAAGACUGGGUCCAUAGGGAAAUUGUGGCAGCUCUACAGUCGCAGUGUAAUAUAAUUCCCAUCAUAGACAAUUUCCAAUGGCCAGAACCAGAGGAACUUCCCGAAGACAUGCGAGCAGUUUGUCAUUUCAAUGGAGUACGGUGGAUUCACGACUACCAAGACGCCUGCGUAGACAAACUUGAAAGGUUUAUGCGAGGGGAAAUACCAGUCAGAUCAGAAAUGUCUGGUGGUAUUCCAAGAAGUAUCGCUACCAAGGACGUAACACAACCAAACACACAGGGUAGCACGAACAUCCGACAACCACCAAACUACCAACGCAUGCACAGCAAUGAAAGUAGAGGCAGCGAUAAAGAUUCGACCGGUGGGCGAGAUUGACUAGAGGGCCCGCCCACAGCCAUACCGAGCAGGCUUAGAAAAUCGUCCAGUCCGUCCCGUUGGUUAAUGGGUCUGCCACCCACGUCUCCGCGAUUAAAGUUCAUCCACACGCACCCUGGAGGAAGUCCAGUGCCGCGAAGACCUCCGCGUCAUCCUCCCUCUCCAUCCACUAGAUCUCGUUCGUUAGAGUUGUUAGACCAAGACGAAAAGAAAUCGAUCUCCCCGAUCAGAGAGUCGGAACCACAACCGAGGCCCAGGUCCAGAAGCUUGGACGGCUUACUAGACGAAGAUGGUAUAGUGCCAGAUAUGAAGACUGAAGAGUCGCCUAAGCAGAAUAGCGAAAGCGAGAUCAACGGUAAAGAGUCCAUUGACGCUCUGGAUAGAUCUGACUCGAAAGCAGAAGACGAUCUUGUUCAGGGUGGGUAUAAAGCAAAUGGACCAAUGGAUAACGUUCACUCUGAGAGUUCAACCUGGGAAGACAGUUGUUGCCCGGUAAAAUCGAACGAAGAUCAAAAUCCAACGCCUGUUCCUAGACAGCGAACGAAGACACCAGCUGUGGAAGCGAAAUCGGAGGUUGUUAAUAUUUUACAGCCAGAAGAGGCACGGAAGUCGUUAACCUUCGAGGAGUCCAGCGACAAGGAGGAAAAUAAUCCACCCACGCGACCACCGAAACCUCUUCGAUUCGUCAGCAUGGAUGGGCAUCUGUCGACCGUGAACUCGAAAAUAGAGGACGAACAGGAGGAGUCUCACGCAAACUCGAAGAAAGUCGAUCCUUGCGAUAGUAACUCGGAGUUAAAGGAACGGCUGGUGGCCACGGGAAACGAUAAGUCGACCCUGCUCAAGGCGAAGAGCUGUGGCGCGGGACUAGAUUCCGACGAAAGCAUUUCGUCCAACGAGUACAAGCCCAAACUGAAGGAGCAAGGCUCGCUGCUAUCCCUGCCCACGGGGGCAGAGCCGAAACGAAAGAAAAACUUUAUGGACAAAUGCGUGAACAAGGUGCGGUCUUUCAUGAGGAAGUGAUUCGUAGCUUCCCCGGUUACGGUGAUGAAAAAAAAAACUUUGUUAUUUAAUUUUACCGAUAUUAAUUAAUUGGGACACCGUGAUUCCAGCUGCGCGUGCGACGUUGCAACCAGAGUGUCGUAUAUAUUCGCUUGUCGGUCAACUUUUCUAUUCGUAUUAGAAGAAUUGUUUUCGAGAUGUACAGACAGUAUUUUUUUUCUCCACGUACGAACAAUUCUUUCUUCUUUUUAAUUUUAUUUCAAUACUUUUAACCGUUGGACAGCGAGAGGUCCGAUAGUAAGACGGAGCCGGGUUGUUUUUGAUGCCAUGGCAAAAUUCUUUACAAUUCUGACGACAAACCUUCGUAAAAAAAGAAAAUAUGUUUAUGAAGAAAUACAGGCAAUGUGUAUUUUUAAAUUCAACAAUGAAGAGGAUAAAGAUUGAAUAGAUAAAAAAUGCAGUUCCGUCGAUUACAUAAAUUUAUUUAACUAUUCCAACUCUAACAAAAUAGUAUGAGUGAUUAUUGGCUCAGCUCCGGCGGAGAAUGACUAACAAAUGUAUACAAAUGUAACAAAUGUAUAUUAAGAUACGUGAAAGAAUGAGAUGUCAAGUUUUUGGAGAGUCAGUUUACACGCGAGUAUACACGAUAUUUGUAUAAAGAUAAAAGCAUCGCCAUGGUAAAACUACAAGCGAUUAUAAAUUUCUUUUUUUUUUUCUCUACAAUGACAGGCAGCAUGAAAGUAUAACUGAUGUUGUGCCUAUUACAAAGUGUCUUCUUAGAAGUUGAAGAUUAGGAAAUAAAUGAGAUUCUCUUUUUACAGGUGCGAGAGAAAAAGAGAGUAGCCUGCUUUUUUCAGGCGGCUAUUAUAUAUUUCCUUAUCAAAUUGUAUUAUAGAUAUGUAAACGCAUAGAUAAUUAGCAUUGUUAUUUGUAAUACAAUUUUUUUAGUCGGUUUUUUUUUAGAAUAUCGAGUAUAAUGUUUCGCUUGCGGUGUACGUCGUAAGUGAAGGCAGCUAACACAACAUGAAAAUAACAACAAUUGUAACGUAACAAUUGCUUACGUUACCUUUAUCGUUUAAUAAACGUUUUUACUGUAUCACUUUUAACUGAUGUUAUCUUACGUACGUAGCAAGUUCGAACAAAUUCGUACGAAUUCCUUACGAAACUUCGAUAUUGUACUAUUUUAAGAUCCUGCCUAAAAAUCGAAAAAUGUAUAUUUUACCAAAGUUUCGCAAAGUAAAAUUUAAGAAUUUUAUCAAAAGUUUGAAUGUUUCUCACGGAAUAAAUUUUAUUUAGCAAACUA